AUGCAUCAGCAACCCUAAAAUGGAACAGCUGUUAGGCUGCGCAAAAGUAAACUAACAUUUUCCACUUGUUAUUGUUGAAGAAAACCAUAAUAUUACUGUUUAUUUAGGGAGAUUUGAAGUGUAAUUGCUAUCAGGAUGGGCAAUCAACUGGUUGGCAUUGCGCCCUCGCAAAUCUAUGCGGUGGAGCACUACUUUUCCGGCCAGUUUGGCAACGAAAUCACCUUUAGCUCCAACAUGGGAAGCACUCGAUUCUUCAAAGUGGCGAAAGCCAAAACGGAUGAGGGUUUGAUUGUGGUGAAGGUGUUUGUGAAACACGAUCCCACCCUGCCCCUGGAAGAUCACAAGGAGAGGCUGGAGGCCAUCAAAAAAUCACUGACACUGGCCAAUGCCGUCAAUUGUCUGCCUUUUCAACGAGUGGAGUUAAUCGACAAGGCUGCCUAUAUUAUGCGGGAAUAUGUAAAGCACAGUCUCUACGACCGUGUCUCUACCAGACCCUUUCUCACAGUUCUCGAGAAGAAAUGGAUCACAUUCCAGAUCCUGUGUGCUUUAAACCAGUGCCACAAACAGAAGAUCUGCCACGGCGACAUUAAGCUGGAGAACAUUCUGAUAACCUCGUGGAACUGGAUUCUACUCUCAGACUUUGCCUCCUUCAAGCCCACAUAUCUGCCGGAGGAUAACCCGGCUGACUAUACCUAUUUCUUUGACACAAGUCGCAGGCGAACCUGCUAUAUAGCCCCAGAGAGAUUUGUCAAGACGCUGGCAUCGGAUGACGAUGGCGGCAAUGGGAAUAUGUCGGUGAUUCAUUCAGAUUCCAUUAUAAGACUCGCGCCCAGCUAUGCAGGGAAUACCUUGCUGCCAGCCAUGGACAUCUUUUCAGCAGGUUGCGCUUUGCUGGAACUGUGGACAGAAGGUACGGCUCCUUUUGAGCUCUCCCAGCUGUUGGCCUACCGGCGGGGUGAACGGGAUUUGGUAGAGAAACAUCUUGCUGGAAUCGAAAACGAUCGGCUACGCAACUUAUUGGCAUCCAUGAUCGAUAUCCACUCCAUAAACCGUAAAAGCGCUGAAGACUACUUGGACCAGGAACGAGGAAAACUCUUUCCCGAGUACUUCUACUCGUUUCUGCAGUCGUAUCUGCAGAUGUUCUCCUCCACUCCCAUUAUGUCGCCGGAUGAUAAGAUUCAGUGCCUUCACAAGGACAUUGGGCACUGCAUCAAGGUUCUGACCCAAGCACAGGAUCUAACACCGGAGGACGAAGACGCUGAGGCUGAACAAGAGAAGAAGGAUCCAAUAAUGUGUGCCCGUCUUCCGCCGGAACAUGAUGGGCUUAUUCUGAUUAUAACCGUGGUGACCUCUUGUAUUCGAGGACUGAAGCAAUCCAAUACUAAAAUAGCAGCUCUAGAACUUUUACAAAAACUAUCCAAGUACACCACAUCCGAGACAAUAUUGGAUCGCAUAUUGCCCUACAUCCUCCAUUUGGCCCAGAAGUCGCCAGCCAAGGUCCAAGUUCAGGCUAUUGAGACCCUAACCGCCUGCCUGGGCAUGGUUAAGGACAUUCCCCGCAGCGAUGCCAAUGUCUUUCCGGAGUACAUCCUGCCCUUCAUCACGGACCUAGCCAGCGAAGCAAGUGCCGUGAUUGUGCGAGUGGCCUUCGCCCGCAAUAUUGCCGCUCUGGCCAAGAGUGCUGUUUAUUUCCUGGAGGAGACCCAAAGAAAUGCACCCAACGAAAUGCCAACCCCGCGCUAUGAAGCGGAACUCAAUGCCCUUCACGAUAUUGUUAGGCAAGCGGUACUGAGUCUCCUAACAGAUUCCCAGCCGGUGGUUAAGCAGACUCUCAUGGAGUCGGGAAUCUGUGAUCUGUGCGCAUUUUUUGGCAAGGAAAAGGCCAACGACGUGAUCCUUUCGCACAUUAUGACCUUCUUGAAUGACGAGGAUAAGAACCUGCGCGGCGCCUUCUAUGACAACAUUGCCGGAGUAGCUGGCUACGUCGGCUGGCAGGCAUCUGACAUAUUGGUUCCUCUCCUCCAGCAAGGUUUCACAGACCGGGAAGAGUUUGUAAUCGCAAAGGCCAUUCGGGCAGUAACCAUUCUCAUCGAACUGGGCCAUAUAAAGAAACCAGCAGUGACGGAAAUUGUCCAGGAGACGGCCUGCUACUUGUGCCACCCAAAUUUGUGGGUUCGUCACGAAAUUUGCGGCAUGGUGGCCACCACUGCUCGCAAUCUGAGCGCCAUCGAUGUUCAGUGCAAGAUUAUGCCAGCGAUUGGUGCUUUUCUCAAAGUUCCACUCAUUCAGGUGGAAAAGGCGCAUAUUUUGCUGGACUGUGUCCAGCCACCAGUGCCCCGGCAAAUAUUCGAUAGUGUGUUGCGCUUCCAGGACAUACAUCACUUCCUCGGGGCCCUGGAAGAUCGGGCUAGAGUUCGCGCCCAAACUAGACACGGAGCACUGCCGCAGUAUGAGGAAAUGGGUCAGACUUUAAGAAAUCUUUUCAGGCGCCUCUCCUCCGAGGGAUUGACGGAUCUCAUUGAGAUGCAACUACUGGCCAUGAAGCCUUUCCUCAUCUCCCUUAAACAUAAAGCUCUGCAGGAUCUCGACGACACAGCCUCUGGGAAUGGACGCAUUAUUGUGAGCCGCAAGCAAGUAGCUUGCCACGAAUAUCCACUGGCGGACAAGGCCGUUAAAAUGCCUUCGGAAAACAGAUCUACAGAUGGGCCAACUCUAAUAUCUCCCGCCUCGGAUGCAGUCAUCACUCCGCUGGGCGCAGGAGGACUAGCUGGCAGUCCAGCUUCGGGUGCGGUGGUGCUUGGGGUGCCCACAACGACAGUAAGUGCUGCCACUUCGUUGGGGGAGUACACCAUGCCGGAGAGGAACUGCUGGCUCGAACGAUCCUCCGAGUGCCGCAAGGACCUCGAAUCACUGACCGCCAAGAUCAAAAGACGCUAUAACGUCCUGGCAAUAUCGCAACGCUGCAGUUAUGACAAAUUGGUAACUCCUUAUCCACCCGGCUGGCGGAUGAGUGGCACUCUGGUGGCCCAUUUGCACGAGCAUUCCGAAUCGGUCAUCAAGCUGGCAUCCCUGCGUCCGCAUGGAUCUCUUUUCGCCAGCGGAAGCAUUGAUGGCACUGUGAGGCUGUGGGACUGCAGCAAACUGAAUGGGAACCAGGGCGUGAACAAGUCCCGCCAGGUGUACUCCGCCAAUACUCCGAUCUAUGCGCUGGCUGCCUGCGACAGUGGCCAGUCGCUGGCAGUGGGUGGGAAAGAUGGCAGUAUGCUGAUGAUGCGGAUCGAUCGAAACUCCACCAAGAUGACCCUCCAGCAGGCACUUGACCAAAAUGAGCACAAAGAUGGACCGGUGGUGGACAUGCAUGCCUACGACCAAGCCACUCAAAGUGUCAUCGUUUACGCUACUCUUUACGGUGGAAUUGUGGCCUGGGAUACGCGAAUGCAGCACAGUGCCUGGCGGCUGCAGAACGAGCUUAAGCACGGCGUGAUCACAACUAUCUGUGCAGACCCCACCGGCUCGUGGCUAGCCACGGGAACAAGCGGAGGAAAGCACAUUUGCUGGGAUCUGCGCUUUCGGCUACCCAUUGCCGAGAUCAAACAUCCAGCAGACUCCUGGAUUCGCAAGGUGGCAUGUCACCCCACGGAGCCCUCGUAUCUUAUAUCCGCCUCGCAGUCUAAUAACGAGGUAUCCGUGUGGAACAUCGAAACGGGUCAGCGACAAACCGUGCUGUGGGCCAGUCCAGCAGCAGCUCUCUCCAGCGGCAGUCCCAGCGAUCCAGCUACCACAUGCGGCAUCCUCAGUGGCGUAGUCGAUGGAACACCCUUCAUUCUCACAGGUAGCUCGGACCAGCGUAUCCGAUAUUGGGACGUAGCCAAUCCGAAGAACUCUUCGCUUAAGGUGCCGGCCGCCAAUGACAACCUGUCGGACAUAACAUUCAACUACACAACCCGUCUCAUUGAUGGCAGCCAGGUGAUCGAGGAGCAGAUUAUUUCCAUGUCCAGCACUGGCGAUUCGCAACAGCUGCGCACCUCGACGGAGGAGAAUCCCCGCUCAGGACCAGACAUGCCAACGGCGAGCCACCACGAUGCCAUCACCGAUCUGCUGAUGUGCAAGGACAAGGGCCAGAUCUACAUAGCCUCGGCAUCGCGCGAUGGUGUCAUCAAGCUGUGGAAGUAAGCGCCCGCUCAUAGUAUUAAGUUAUUCAACUGUGAUUAGCCUAAUUAACUGCAAUAUAUGUAACUUUUAAUUAAACAUUCGCUUGUGAACUGUAGCACCAUGUUUUUUCAUUAAAAAUUAAAGCAAUUUCGUUGUUAUCAUAGUAGCCGGGCUCUGAAUUGUCGAAUCCUUAAGCUUGUGGAACAAACUUUACGUUUUCGAACUUGAGUUUCCGUUCAUCAUAUAAAGUUGUUUCCAAAAACGUUUUUGGUCUUCAAUAUUUGUGAUUUUUUUGCCCAUAAUUUUUUUUGGAAUUAUUUCGGUUAUUUUUUCAACAAAAAAAAUAAUUGUGUCAAAAAUAAUUUUCAAUAAAUAAAGUUUGCAUUUUAUUUAUAUAAAAAGAAAGCCGGUACAGCCUCAAUGAACAAAGGAAAAAUUCCCUCAAAAAAGUAACACAAAAAGUGAAACCUUGAUAAGUACGUAUCUUCCGAAGACCAUUGUUGUGCGGAUUAUCUACCUGAAAACAAAAAUUCGGAAAAAAGUGUAUUACAUUUUUGUAUAAGCAUUCUAUCGAAGCCAAUUCGGGUGCAUUUCGAUAGGCGGCGAAGGCGGUGGAAGAAGUGAACGGCGAAAAAGUGAAGCGUGCGCGUAUUUUGUAAAAGCAAAUUUACCAACGAAGUAUCAAUUUUCCGUGAAAAACAAAGUGUAAGAGAGGCAAGCGAAAAAGAGUAUCAAAACGUUUGUCGGUGUGUGUGCGUGUGCUUGCUUGUGAGAGAUAUAGAGCGAGAGAGAGCGCAUUUCUCUGUAUUUACAAGUGUGUGCGUGUGCAAAGGGACGCCGCUAAAAAGGCGCAGAACGCAGAGAAGAGACCAA